AUGAAACAAAAGACAGCAGGAUAUGUUGUUCUUGGUAGCACAUGGUCUAUAUUAAUGAUUGCUAUCGUAUCAUAUCUAUAUGUAUCAUGCAAUAGUACGGCAUUAUAUUAUUGGUGUUGGGUAUGGUUAUGUCCAUUUAUGGUAUGGAAUUGGGUCACUAUAGCGUGGUGUGAUUCCGAAUUAUUUGCAAAUUCAAAACGUAGACUCGUGAGUUAA